AUGGACGAGUUCGACAGCGGCGGCCGGAGCGGGGACAAGCCGGGCGCCGCCGCGGCCGGAGGCGACGACGGGGCUGCUCCACCGUUGCCCCAGACGGUACAAAUUGGGAAUUCACCAACCUAUAGACUUGAAAGGAAGCUUGGAAAGGGAGGAUUUGGACAAGUAUACGUUGGUCGACGUAUUUCAGCUCCUCGUCUCAGUGACCGUAACCCUGGUUCAAAUGCUUUAGAGGUUGCACUGAAAUUUGAACAUCAAACCAGCAAAGGUUGCAACUAUGGAGCUCCUUAUGAGUGGCAAGUUUACAACACUCUCAGUGGAAACCAUGGUGUCCCACGGGUACACUACAAGGGAAAGCAGGGAGAGUUUUACAUCAUGGUUAUGGAUAUGUUGGGACCAAGCCUAUGGGAUGUUUGGAAUAAUAAUUCCCACUCGAUGUCUGUUGAGAUGGUUGCUUGCAUAGGUAUAGAGGCAAUCUCCAUACUGGAAAAGAUGCACUCUAAAGGGUAUGUCCAUGGUGAUGUGAAGCCUGAGAACUUUUUGCUUGGUCCUCCUGGUACCCCAGAAGAGAAGAAGCUUUUUCUUGUUGACCUUGGAUUGGCUACUAAAUGGAAGGAUGCUGUUACGGGGCACCACGUUGAAUAUGAUCAGAGACCUGAUAUUUUUAGGGGAACUGUUCGCUAUGCUAGUGUGCAUGCCCACUUGGGAAGGACUGGGAGCAGGAGAGAUGAUCUUGAAUCCCUCGCAUACACGCUUAUUUUUCUUCUCCGUGGCCGCCUCCCUUGGCAAGGAUACCAGGGAGAGAACAAAGGUUUUCUUGUCUGCAAGAAAAAGAUGGCGACAUCUCCGGAGUCUUUGUGUGGAAUUUGUCCGCAACCUUUCCGGAAUUUUGUUGAGUAUGUCGUGAACUUGAAAUUUGAUGAAGAACCAAAUUAUGCGAAGUGCAUCUCUCUUUUUGAUGGCAUUGUUGGCCCAAAUCCAGACAUAAGACCGAUAAACACAGAUGGUGCCCAAAAGCUAAUAUAUCAGGUCGGCCAGAAGAGAGGCCGCUUAAUAGUGGACGAAAAUGAUGAUGAGCAACCUAAGAAAAAGAUUAGAAUGGGGAUGCCGGCAACUCAGUGGAUUAGUGUCUACAAUGCCCGCCGACCUAUGAAACAGAGGUACCACUACAAUGUAGCGGAUAAUAGAUUGCUGCAGCAUAUUCAAAAGGGAAACGAAGAUGGCUUGUUUAUUAGUUCAGUUGCCUCCAGCUUGAAUCUGUGGGCUUUAAUUAUGGAUGCUGGCACUGGUUUUACAUCUCAAGUAUACGAACUUUCUAAUUACUUUCUUCACAAGGAAUGGAUAAUGGAGCAGUGGGAGAGAAAUUUCUAUAUCACUGCACUGGCUGGUGCGAAUAAUGGAAGCUCUUUGGUGAUUAUGUCAAGAGGAACACAAUAUGCCCAGCAGUCCUACAAAGUAAGCGAUACAUUUCCCUUCAAAUGGAUAAACAAAAAGUGGAAGGAGGGCUUCUAUGUCACUGCUAUGGCAACAGCUGGAAGCCGAUGGGCAGUUGUCAUGUCCCGCAAUGCUGGUUUCACUUCUCAGGUAGUGGAGCUUGAUUUCUUAUAUCCGAGUGAGGGCAUCCACAUGCGUUGGGACAAUGGCUAUCGCAUCACGGCAACAGCUGCCACAUGGGACCAGGCGGCCUUUAUCUUGAGCAUACCAAGGAGAAAGCCUACUGAUGAAACACAGGAGACCCUGAGAACAUCUGCUUUUCCUAGCCAGCAUGUGAAGGACUUGACUUUUAGGAUCUAUUUGGAAGAUUACAAGAUUUUUGGAGAUCUCGGUUUUUCGUUUCGGAUCAGGCAAAAAGAAGCCACCUUGAGAAGUCGUUUUUGGGACGAAUAUCAGAAGUGGGCAAGUGGCGUGCUGGAAGGACGACUUUCCAUUUUCAUUCACCCGUGA